AUUCACUGGCCGGUGCAGUGGACGCGCAAUGGCACGAGGUCGCGCACGUUUGGUCAGAGUAAUAAAAACGCGAACGAGUACGUGCGCGUACUCGAAUUCUUUGUGUGGCAGCAUAGGGAAGCGCCAAAAGAGUGACCAUGGCUGAUGAAAAACCUAAGGAAGGGGUCAAAACAGAAAACAACGAACACAUAAAUCUAAAGGUAGCAGGUCAGGAUGGAUCUGUGGUCCAGUUCAAGAUCAAAAGACACACACCGCUCAUCAAACUCAUGAAGGCCUACUGUGAGAGACAGGGACUUUCGAUGAGACAAAUCAGGUUCAGAUUUGACGGACAGCCAAUAAACGAGACAGACACACCAGCACAGUUGGAAAUGGAAGAUGAAGAUACAAUUGAUGUGUUUCAACAACAGACUGGAGGCCUGAUUUAAUCUGCCACAUGCUUCAUGGUUUUCCUUAACACAACAACCUUCCUUACCUGUGAUACACACCGGCUGCUUCUUUGCAACGCGUCCCAUGGCCUCAACAGAAUUCCAUGCAGAAGAAGUUUCUCUGCCACUCAUAACUGCUGUAUAGUAUUUACAUUCUCGCCCCAUUCACGUUUCUGUUUUGUACAUAAACCAUUUCCAGAUCAUCUUGAGUUGAGGUUUUGUCUGUUCAUGGUGUAUUGUGUAACUAAGACUUCCAUUCCCAAUUGGACAGGUUUGUUCUAAGGUUGCUGACUGACAGUACUGCUGGUAGGGUAAGAGUUCAUAAAACUGGCUCCUGUAAAUUUGUUCUUGAAGUGUACUAUUGGGACUGGCUGUCACAUAGUAAACGGUAUAUAAAGUUUGGGAGUAAAGCCGACAAAAAUGGUUCUGUUAUCUAAAAAUAUUUGAUUUUAUACAUUUUAUAUAGUAGUGGAUGUGUAGACAAAUGUUUAAAUUCAUCAUUUGACUUGACCAAGCUGCAAAUUUUAGCGGAGUCUGAACAGAUGUUAAACGUUAAACACCUGUCUUGUCUAUUAUAAUGUCUGUUAAAAUAAAGCUAUUGUCUUUUUCCAGA